AUGGCGUCGUUAUUGCGAGCAAAUCGUUUUAUUCGAUUCGUGUUACGAAAAUUUCAUUGUAUAAUAGAAGAUAGUCAUACACCGGAUACACCGUUACGAAACAAACCGAAAAUGAGUCCACCAGCUGACCAUGAGCUGCUUCCUGGGAUGUCGCCGAAAGUGUUCCGAGAGACGGACUACGAACUCCAUCUCGGUCCUAUCCCGGCAACAGGGAACGAGGCAAAGGAAAGUAAUUAUAAGAAUCCCGAGUACUUCUCGUACCACAACUAUUCGUUCUACGACAUCGGGCGUGCGAUUGGGUGUGCGUACCGUGUGCAACCGAGUGCAUUAUCAAACAAAGCUCAAUCAUUCCGACUACCUUGGCAAAAUACAGAGGAAGUUCCGGACGAUCGCGUGGAGAACUGUCCAAAGUGUCCAGAGAACGAUAAAUCACGGGAAAAUGAUAUAAAAUAA